AUGUGUUCGAUUCGUGCAGAUUUGAGCGGAAGGAUCUUCCCGGAGCCGAUCGACCACUUCGACCGGCUUCCGGACUCCGUCGUUCUCCUGAUCUUCAACAGGAUCGGCGAUGUCAAGUCCCUUGGCAAGUGCUGCGUCGUCUCGAGGCGGUUCCACUCUCUCGUCCCCCAGGUCGACGAAGUCGUGGUCCGAGUGGACUGCGUCAUCUCCGACGAAUACGAAGACGGCGACUCAUCAGCGACUUCCUCCUCGUCCGCCGCCGCCGCCGACAAGUCACGCCAUCCAAUCUCCUCCCUAUUCCGCAUCCUCUUCUCCGGGCUCUUCAAGCCCCUGCAGUCCCUUUCCCAGCUCAUCGCCCCUUCUACUCGCCGCCUCACUCUUCCCGAGGAUUCCGACUGCGAGACGGAGGAGCAGGCCGGGGUCGCUCACCAUUCACCCACUCAGGUAUUGAAAAAUUUCAACGAGAUUAAGCUCCUCAGAAUUGAGCUCCCGAGUGGGGAAUUAGGGAUUGAUGAGGGUGUGUUGCUAAAGUGGAAGGCGAAUUUCGGCUCCACUCUUGAUAGCUGUGUUAUUCUUGGAGCCACCAGUGUUAUUCACAACAUGAGUACAGAGCUCGAAUGUAAUGAUGCUGUUAGCAAUUUCACUAACGGUGGCAUGGAGAAUGAUAAUAACGGGAGUUUACCCGAAUCGUUUUACACUAACGGUGGGUUGAAACUGAGAGUUGUAUGGACUAUUAGCUCCUUGAUAGCUGCCUCAGCUAGGCAUUAUCUGCUGCAGCCUAUAAUAUCUGAGCACAAGACAUUGGAGGACUUGGUUUUGACUGAUGGUGAUGGGCAAGGGAUUUUGUCUAUGAACAAAGAGCAGUUGGAGGAGUUUAGAGUGAAGCCCCUUUCGGCAUCUUCAGCUUCGAAGAGGACUUUGGUGCCAGCUUUGAAUAUGCGGCUUUGGUAUGCGGCCCAUCUCGAGUUGCCGAAUGGUUUGUUCCUGAAAGGGGCAACUUUAGUUGCGAUUAGGCCCAGUGAGCAGCAGCCCAAGAAGGAGAUGAUGGGCUCCGAGGGGGAUUGGGUAGUGUCGGCCUUUGACGAGCCAUUUGUGACAGCUGCAAGGAUGUUGGUGAAGAGGAGAACUUAUUGCCUAGAAAUGAAUUCAUUUUGA